AUGUCGUCCACCAUCAGCAACCUCGAGCGCGAGGACCACAGCCGCGAUGCUGCCUUUAGCAAAGCCUUGCAUGGGAACUCAGCGGACGCCAAGGGCGGCAUCUCCGCCAUGUUCUCAAAGGGCGGCCAAGCCAAGCAGGUUGCUGUCGAUGAGUACUUCAAGCACUGGGAUAACAAGACAGCCGUCGACGAAACGUCUGAGCAGCGAGCUGAGCGCACCGCCGAGUACGCAACCUUGACGAGACAUUACUACAACCUCGUAACCGACAUCUACGAGUAUGCCUGGGGCCAAUCCUUCCACUUCUGCCGCUUCGCCUACGGCGAGCCCUUCCAACAAGCUAUCGCCCGCCACGAGCACUACCUCGCGCACAGCAUCAACAUCAAAAAGGGCAUGCACGUCCUGGACGUCGGCUGCGGCGUCGGCGGCCCGGCCUUUGAAAUCGCCAAGUUCACCGGCGCCCGCAUCACCGGCCUCAACAACAACGACUACCAAAUCGAGCGCGGCACCCGCUACGCCGCCAAGCAGGGCCUCGCCUCCCAGGUGGACUUUGUCAAAGGCGACUUCAUGCAAAUGUCUUUCCCGGACAGCACAUUCGACGCCGUCUACGCCAUCGAGGCCACCGUGCACGCGCCCUCCCUCGAGGGCAUCUACCGCGAAGUCUUCCGCGUGCUCAAGCCCGGCGGCACCUUUGGCGUCUACGAGUGGCUGAUGACCGACGCCUACGACGACGCCGACCUGCGCCACCGCGAGAUCCGCCUCGGCAUCGAGCAGGGCGACGGCAUCGCCAACAUGUGCCGCGUCUCCGAGGCGCUCGACGCCAUGCGCGCCGCGGGCUUCGAGCUGCUCCGCCACGAGGACAUGGCCGCCCGUCCGGACCCGGCGCCCUGGUACUGGCCCGUGUCCGGCGAGAUGAGGUUCGUCCAGUCCCUCGGUGAUGUAUGGACGGUGGCGCGGAUGACGCGCUGGGGUCGCGCCGUCGCGCACGGCCUGGCAGGGCUGGUGGAGGCGCUCGGGAUCGCGCCGGCCGGCACGAAGAAGACGGCGGACAGCUUGGCGCAUGCCGCGGACUGUCUGGUCGCCGGCGCGAGGGAGAAUUUGUUUACGCCCAUGUACCUCAUGGUCGGUCGUAAGCCGGAGUAA